AUGUUAAAUACAUCAACAGGUAUUACUUAUGCUUACAUUACGAAUAAUCCCGAUAAUGGAAUUAUGCCGUUAAUGAUUGCCCAUUUUUCUUGGUUACAUAUUCAUGGAUUCCCACCAGUAAUAUACUUAACAUUAAACAAAACUGUUCGGACUGACACAAAAAUUCUACUUGGAAAAUUUCUUAGUUUAUUAAAGAAAAAUCAAAAUCAAGUUGUAACUAUUGUUGGACCUGCCCAAAAUGGAUGA